CAUAAGCAUUUAUGUUCUUGUUGUGCACGCAUUACAUUGAUUGCUCGAUAGAAUUCAUGGCGAAUCAGCUGUGCCUCUCCUUUUAUUCUCUACUCUAUUAACUACUAACUGCUUCUUAGUCCAUGAUAUUCGUUGUCAUCAUUGUUCUCAUCUCUUCGAUCCACCAAUGGAUGUUCGCGGUCCACGGCAAGGUCUUUAUGGUUCUCAUGGAGGAUGAUCCGGUCGUAAUGACACCACUAAGGGGCGAUGAGGAUGUUACAUUGUACAAAGAUUGGAUUAGACGGGAGCACGAGGCUUUCCUCCAAUCCCUCAACCAAGAAGGCGCAUAUGUCAAACUCUAUAGCUACACGCAUUUGUUGAACGGCUUUGCAGUCGAUAUCAAGGGGGACGAUAUGCUUCAUUCGCUACGUCAUGCAGAGGGAGUUCAAUCCAUCCAAGAAGAUGUAAAAAUCGAGAAGUUCACAACACAUACGCCGGAUUUCUUAGGAAUCCCAGAAGGUGCUUGGCCAAGCUUAGGUGGAUCCAACGUUGCAGGCGAUGGUGUCGUGAUUGGCCUAAUAGACACCGGGAUCAAUCCUGCCCAUCCCAGCUUCACAACCAAAGCACCACCUGCCUCAAGCCGGAGUACUUUUGCCCAGAACGGAAAGUUCAAAGGAAGAUGUGCUACCGGGGAUCGGUUUCCAUCCUCAGCUUGUAAUGGCAAGAUCGUCGGCGCACAGUACUUUGCACGCGCUGCAAUCGCUGCAGAAGAAUUUAAUUCAUCUCGGGACUAUGCUUCCCCCUUCGAUGCUGAUGGCCAUGGCAGCCAUACAGCCUCGAUAGCAGCCGGGAACUACCAUGUUCCUGUCUUCACCAACAACUUCAACUAUGGCUAUGCAAGCGGCAUGGCGCCUGGAGCAAGGAUUGCUGUGUACAAAGCUCUGUAUCCCUUCGGAGGCUACAUGUCUGAUGUUGUCGCUGCAGUUGAUCAGGCAGUAGAAGAUGGUGUUGACAUACUAAGCCUUUCGAUAGGACCAUCGAGCGUUCCUUCCGGAUUGUCUGCAUUCUUGAACAUUCUAGAACUCGAACUUCUAUUCGCGACAAAAGCCGGUGUUCUGGUUGUUCAAGCUGUCGGAAACGGCGGCCCCUCGUCGAGCUCUAUACUCUCCUUCAGCCCUUGGAUCACCAGCGUUGCCGCGUCCAUAACCGACAGGAAAUACAGUACUUACGUUACCCUUGGGAACGGCCAACAUUUGAUCGGCAAUGGACUUUCACCACCUACAGCCGGAGAAGUGUUCUUCCCCAUUGCUGCUGCUGCAGAUGUUUCCCAUCAGAACAUCACAGCCGGGCUCGUCGAGAGCUGCCAAAGUGCCAAUUCUUUUAUACACAGCUUGGUCAGAGGAAAGCUGAUCAUCUGCACAUACACAUUCGACUUCGAAUCCGAAGCUGCGAGCAUCUCUAAAGUGGCAGCCGUCAUCCAAAGAAUCGGGGCAGCCGGUUUCAUCCUGACCAUGGAUCCCGACAUCGGUUCCGAGCAGAUAAAGGGCGCCACGGUGACCCUAAGAGUCCCCGGAAUCAUUCUAAACAAUCUGGAAUCUUCUUCGGCACUGUGGGAAUACUACAAUUCAAAUACGGUGAGGAGUCGAAGCGGUAGAGCCGUCGGAUUCAGAGCCAAAGCACGGAUAUUGGAUGGCCGGAGAGCUACUUACACUGGCCAAGCCCCGAUUGUCGCAUUGUACUCGUCGCGAGGCCCCGACGUGAACAAUGCUCUUCUAGAAGCUGCUGAUGUCCUGAAACCUAAUGUCAUGGCUCCAGGUUCAUCAAUAUGGGCUGCUUGGAGUCCCAACAGUGAAGGAGAUGAAUAUAUCAAAGGGCAGAGCUUCGCAUUGCUCUCGGGGACGAGCAUGGCUACGCCGCACGUCGCGGGGGUUGCUGCUCUGAUAAAGCAAAAAUACCCCGACUGGACGCCGGCGGCGAUCACUUCAGCGAUCAUGACUACUGCCGACGUGAUUGACCAUUCCGACUCUCCCAUUCUAGCUCAGAGGAAGAACAAGCUGUCUCCGGCGACGCCCUUCGAUUUCGGGGCGGGCUCGAUCAAUCCUUCCAAGGCCCUCGAUCCGGGGCUCGUGUUCAAUGCGCACUUCCACAACUAUAUAGAGUUUCUGUGCGCCGUCCCGGGCGUUGACGACAUGUCGAUAAGGCGGGCAGUGGGAGUCGGAUGCCGCGAAAACAGGAAGGAGUGGUGCUCGGAUCUGAACACGGCGAGCAUCACCAUUUCAAACCUGGUUGGAUCGAGGAAGGUGGUAAGAAGGGUGACGAAUGUAGGACUUUUCGACGAGAAGUACCGAGUUGUCCUGAGAGAACCUGUCGGAGUUAGCAUUAGUGUGAUGCCGGCUGCGUUUAAGAUCAGCGCGAGCGCGUCGAGGCACGUCACACUUGUUCUGAAAGCUACUCAGAGAACAAAUGCUUACACUUUUGGGGAGAUGGUUUUUGAAGGUAAUAAGGGCCAUGUUGUUAGAGUUCCUAUUGCUGUCUUUGUUAGCAGCUCCUUAGGUUUCUAG